AUGAAUGAUAUUAGCGAUUAAAGAAAAGACAUUUAAUACCUAUUUACAGCAUAAUUAGACAUGAAAUGUGAAGUGGGCUCCAAUAUAUUUCAUAAAUACAUAAUCAAGGGUUAUUUGAGUGAAAAUCACAGUGGUGUUUACUAAGCUUAAGAUGCAUAUGGAAAACAAGUGGCAAUAAAAGAAGUAUGAAUUAACUGAAAGCUAGAAUCACGAUAUAAAAUAAAUGUAAAAAGAAGUUUAAUUGUUAAAGUCACUCAAUCAUCCUAAUAUAGUAAAAUAUCUAGACUCAUGUAUUCUAUCUCAUUCCAUGAAUUAAUAUCAUUAAGAAAAAUUAGGAUAUAUUUGUAUGGAACUAGGUUUAUUCAAUUUAGAUGACUUGAAAGAAGCAGGUUAUGUUUUUGAUAAUACAUUAAUUGAUUAAACACUUAAUGCUCUUGCAUAUUUAUAAAAAAAGAAUAUAGCACAUUGCGACAUCAAACCAGCAAAUAUUUUAGUGAUGGCAUUGAAUCCCAUAUGUUAUAAGAUAUGUGAUGUAGGAUCAAGUAAAUGCCAAAGUUCAGUAUUAAUUGAUUCUGUUGGAGUAACUCUUUAUCUUAUAUCAAUCUUAGACAUACAAAUAUAUGUCACCUGAAAUGUUUUAAGGAAAUGCCAAGAAUUAUUAUCUAUCCGAUGUAUUUUCUUUAGGAUUACUCUUUCUUUAUAUUUAUAAAAACUAUUCCAUAUCUCAUGCAGAAAGAUGUGAAUUAACACCUCAUGAAUACAUGCUUAAAUUAAAUGAUAAAAUCUAUGAAAAUAAUGAUAAUGUGUCUAUCCUUCUUAAAUAAAUGAUUUAAUUGUGUCCACAUGAUAGACUUGAUUUUAUUUAACUUGAAAAAUUUUGGGAAGAUCAUAAAAAAUUAAAAAUCAUUCAAUAACCUAAUGUAGAUUCUAGAGAAUAAUCAAUUAGAUUUAAUUCUAAUACAACAUUUCUUUAAGAUGAAUCUCCCCAGAAAUUUUCACAUUAUAAAACUAGUAGAAUUACUAAAAAAUAAUAACCUGUUUCAAAAUAAUCAUUUUUCUCACAACCUAAUAGUUUUUCCCUUGAAAAACAAUAUAAUAUUAAUCCAUUUCAAUGUAAUCCCAUUAGUGAUAGAAGAACUACAACGUCUACUAAAUAAAGAAAACAAUCCUAUUAACUCUAAUUAAUAGACUCAAAUUCAAAGCCUCCUAAAUCCCCUGAAAAAUCUAAAAUACCUAGUCCAUUGAAACAAAGUACCACUAAUAAAUUUUAGCUUCCUUAAUUGUAACCUUUUAAAAUCAGAUUAAAUCAAGGAUGA